AUGGCAACAGACUGGGAAAGUCUGCUCUGGCAACCUUUAUACACAGUAAAAGCCAAGACUGCAUAUCAUAGUGGACAUGGCAUGGACUUGAGUUUUGAAGAGGGUGAAAUUAUUGAUGUCUUGGGCAUCGAAAAUGAUGAUUGGUGGAAUGGUGCCGUAAUAAACUCUAACAAAUUUGGAUCAUUUCCCAAGAAAUUUGUCGAAGUGGUUUCUUCGCAGAUGACACCUCGCAGACAAUCAACUGUACGGAAAUCAUCAUCUAGUUCGUCCCGAGAGCCAUCGAAUGAUGAUCGUCCUUCACAAGACGAACGUAGAAAGAUGCUUGCUGCACAACGUGUAAGGCCCUCUCAACAGGACCGAUCUUCGUACAUCUCUCGAACUGAUAAUACUAAUUCCAAACCAGUGGAUUUACCACCACGACCAGUUACCCGACCAAAAGCUUCGCUCCCAUCCCGUUCGUCAUCAACGUCAAUUCCGUCUCACCUGAACGCGUCUAAAUCGAAGCUAACCGAGAGUCUGAUCGAAUCUGUCCCGGAAUCCAUUACGGAUAUUUCAGAUCGCGAAGACCCCCUCGCUGACUGUAAUCCUGUUUUGGAGGAGGAGUUCGGAGGUUUCCUCGAUUGCUCCGUAAUUGAUUUCUCCAUCAUCGAUGACUGGGCACGCGAUGCACCGGCAGAUGAGAGCUCAUCAAUAGAUAGAUUGUCGGACUAUCUUACUUCGCCAUGGGAUUAUGAUAUCUACAAACUAAGGUGUAUAUUUACUUGGAUUGCGCUAAAUAUUGCGUAUGACACUGCUAGUUUUUUCGCCGGUCGUCAAUUACCUAAUGGAGCUAACGAUGUGUUACGCAGACGAACUGCUGUAUGUGCCGGAUAUAGUAACUUGUUUGAUGCGCUGGCGCAUAAAGCUGGACUCAAUGUCUGGCAAGUUACUGGCCAAGCUAAAGGUGCUGGGUAUGAACCGGGCGAUCCAAUUAAAAACCAUCCUCAUGCUUGGAAUGCUGUUCUUCUUGAUGGCGAAUACCUAUUGAUUGAUUCAACCUGGGGAUCAGGAAGCGUCAACAACCAAACCUUUACGCGGGCGUUCAAACCGUUUUAUUUUCUCGUAUCUCCAAUGAAAUUGAUCUACUCUCAUUUCCCAGAUAAUCCGUCUGAACAAUAUAUAUAUCCGCCCAUUUCUUUGUCGACUUUUAGAGACAUGCCUCAUAUUAAAGCCGAUUUCUUUAUAGCAGGAUUACAAUUCGUAAAGUUUCCGCCGGCUGUGAUAGAGGUGCAUGAUGAUUGGUUUGUAGUUCAACUUGAGUGGUGCGCUGAAGACGAUGGGAGUUGGUUAAUGGGUAAACUGGAGUGGCAUGGGCAAGCUGUGGAGGUUUUGGUACAGAGAAUGGAAGGACGAGGGGAGAGGGAUGGAAGGAUAUAUAACAUGUAUUGCGGAAUACCAAGCGGUGGAGAAGGCAAGCUAAACUAUUUCGUUUUGCCUAAGAGUGGGAGCGGUCCCUUGGCUGGUGCCUUUAAGGUAAUAAACCAUGGCACAGGUUCCAGCUAUCGCCCAUUUGUGCAAACAUACUCUGUUCCUUUUACCUUUUCGAUACUUUCGCCAGUCUAUCAAUCACUUACUCUUAACCGGAAAAUACGUUUUGAGAUACUAAUAUUCACGGACGGUCACAGUGCACUUCCUGAUUUUUGUGUCAUGGAUCCAUCAUCAACCAGACGGGAACGAAUGGAAAGGCUUCGGUCUGAUGAGAAAGAGAGAAGCUAUUUGUUUGCAGCUGAUGUAAAAAUAGACAGUAAGGGACAAUGGAAACUGGCUUUUGCUGAUGGUGCUCAAGGCUAUUUUAGUUUUGUUGCUGUUUAUGAUGCUGAGUAG